AUGGCCAUGUCGAAGGGUCUAGUCGAUCUGGCCAUCCCAGUGAACGGACAGAACAGCAAGAACCAGAAUUCCAAGAACCAACACAACCUUGAUGGGAAAAUCAUCUGGAACCCGCCAUGGAACCCGUCAUGGAACUCGCCCAGCGCUCUUAUGGUGACGGCCCACCCAGAGUCUCACCGCCACAGGCAGUGCAGUCCCAAGGAUAUGCCAACACACCGUCCCAAUCUCAAUAAGGCAAUAUUGUUUCGAGAGGAGCAAAGCUGCGGGCCAAUGCGUCCCAAAGUCAUCGAGGACAAAACGUGCCCCCACUCAUGCCCCGUCAACACUCAACUUCCACGUAAGGCGUCCCUGCGGCUCCUCCUUCGGCACAACUCCUCUCAACUUCCGGCCAAGGCGACCCUCGGGUAG